GAAAUAUGGUACACUCCAGGACGGUAUCAUCGGCCAGCCACUGGUUUCCUGGAGGAAAGACUGCGAAACAUCAGGAAGCGGCUGAGAUCCAUCAGCAGGUCACGGAGUAUGGCACAGACAUCGCCUCAAACACCACAUGGUGCUCCUGCAAGAGCUCUCAUACCAGAAUGUAACAUAUCAGAUGAACGUGCAUCAAAGCUUAAAGAAUGGUUGAGAAACAACUCUCAGCCUCUCAGCCAGGUAGAGACCUACAUGCAGGAAACAGCAAUCUACAGGGCCAAGUGCAUUAGGGACAACAGUUGGACCAUUGAUCAGAUCCUCCAAGAGUUCCCUCACCUUAUGACCAAAGGCAUGAUGCUGUUGGGGAACUUGCCCUGAGGCAGCUGCCAGCCUUGCUUCCUCCAACUGCUUACAAAGUUGGCC